AUGUCCAACAGGGACCAUCACACCUGCACCUUCAUCCAACCUCAAAUCCUCCACCACAUCAGCACCUCCCCAAUCGCCCCCUCCAAGGCCCGACGCGCCGCCUUCCGCACCCUCACUCUCGCCAACGAAAUCCACCACACCCGGCUUUCCUCAUCCCCAAAUAUCUCCCUCACACCGCACGCCCAAGCCCACGACAUCUACGACUGCCGCAACAAGCGUGGUCUCCCAGGCCUCCUCAUACGCACCGAAUCCUCCUCUGCUCCAACCACCCAAGACGACACCGUAAACCACGUGUACAACAGCUUCGGCAUCUUCCUCCAAUUUCUUUCAUCCGUGCUGGGCCGUCGAUCCAUCGACAACGACGGUCUCCGCCUCAUCGGGUGUCUCCACUACGACAAGAACCUAAACAAUGCGUUCUGGAACGGGCAGGUGGUUAUCUUCGGCGACGGGGACGGGGUAUACUUUACUGGGUUCCCGAAAAGCCUGGAUGUCGUUGUGCAUGAGCUGAUGCAUGGAGUGACGGAUCAUACGGCCGGGUUAUUGUACGAGGGACAGUCUGGGGCGCUGAGUGAGAGUAUCUCGGAUGUGUUUGCUUGUGUUGUUGAACAGUGGUGGAGGAGACAAGGCGUCGAGGAGGCGGAUUGGGUGGUUGGAAGGGGGGUUUGUGUUUGGCCGAAGGGAAAGAAAGGUGCUGGUGCUGGUGUUGGGGAGAUGGGACUGAGGUCGUUGAAGGCACCGGGGACGGCGUAUGAUGAUGCUCUUCUUGGCAGGGAUGGGCAGCCGAGCCAUAUGAAUGGGUUUGUAUAUACGGAGAAGGAUAAUGGGGGUGUGCAUUGGAAUUCGGGCAUUCCGAGUCAUGCCUUUUACCUUUGUGCUGUGGGCUUUGGGGGACGGAGUUGGGAAAGAGCUGCGGUGGUUUGGUAUCAAGCGUUAACUGAUCCGGGAGUUGAGCCGAAUUGUAGCUUUGAGAAGUUUGCAUGCGUGACGGUGGAUAUUGCGGAGGCGAUGUUUGGGGGAGAGGCUGGGGGAUUGGUGAGGAGGGCGUGGGUGGAGGUUGGAGUUGAGGUUGGAGAGGUGUUGUGA